CUCCUCCCUUUCCACUCCUCACCACCACCACCACCACCACAAACCCCCUCCAAGCAAUAGCUCUUCCACCUCUCCUAGCUUAUUCAGCACCCUUGUUCUAACCCUUGAACAGCCUUUCACCUUUUCAUUCAAGUGGUUGCAAUGGAUAUUGACCAGGCCGACAACCAGCUGGCAGUGAUCUCCCAAAUCGACAUCGCCGGCCUGUGCGCAUCGUCGCUGUAUCCUGGCUCCACCUAUAUGGAGUACACCCGCAUUAUGAACUUCGUCGAGACAGAUCCCGAUUCUCUUGAUGAACUACCGGACUCUGCAUUUAGCGUGCUCUUCAUCCAUUGCCGCGUCGAUAUAAAUGACCACGACCCCUCGUCAGCAGCUGGAACCCCGCGGCAGUGGUAUCUCAACCUACAGUUUCUCAUUGACGCUGGCAAGCUGAACCUGGUAACUGAGAUUCGUGUCGUCAUGCACGACGAAAGUCACCAGCCGCUGGAGCUGGAUAUGAUUCUGAAGGAAAUCACUGCUGACAUUGGUGGGCCUCUUCCAAACGUGCACUCUAUUCUCUUUCUUGGACAAGGUAUCUUCACCGCAGGUCGCCUCCAGACUGCCUUUGUCAGAAACAAGAACGCAAGGAAAGCUGUUGAGCAUAUGGUGUACCUGUUUCCUCGUAUCAACAGUGUGAAGUAUCACCUGCUCAAGGAGUGGGUGCCAUCGCCCGGACAUCGUCAGCCUCUGUCUGCUAACGCAUGCCCACUGUAUGCGCUGACUAUCAAAGCAUACAUCCACCAGCUGGAGCACAUUCAGUUGCUUAUCGGUACUCCUCUGUCAUUCGACAAAUUCUUUGGCCUCAUCUCUUUGUCCAUUGACAUCCAGAAUUUCCGCCAGUACACCGGUUUGGCUCUCAUCCCGACCAACCAUCUUCGUACCCUCACCCUUUAUCGAAUUGACGGUGUUAUCCCAUGGGCAUUGUUCAAGUCACCUCAGGGCGUGCUGGCAUUUGACGUCCUUGAAGUUCUGUGCCUGCAAUUCAUCCAAAGGAGCAGACACCUCAUGCCAUUCCCUGGCCUUGACUACAACAUCUCCUCCCCGAAGCUUAAAGAACUGCGUGUCGUUGGCUUGUUAUAUGUUUAUGCUGAUAUUCUUGGCUACUUCUUGGUGAACGAUAUCUCGGAUCUGACGAUUUUCGAUGAGCCUUCCGGCUUCGACCGCAUCAACAAACGCGCUUUAGAGACGGUAAACUACCUUAACAUUGGCCACCCUACAAGCACAAGGGUAGAGAACUGCUACUCGGCCGCUUCUGUCGAUCGUCUUUUUGCCCUGAAGUCCAAUCUUAGGAUGGCCGUCAUUAGCUGGUUCAGAUGGCCGUUGCCUCUGCACAUUGAGUGGACCAACCUGAACGACCUGAAUUUUUCAGCAAGCAUCGCCACUAAGGAUGGAAUCGCCAACCUGAUCCUGCAGCUUCCAGCGCUGCAGUCUAUAAAGAUCGAUUGCGAAUCUAUGUGCAUUGACGACGCUGCUGCCUCAGUAUUCCCCGACCAAGCAAACAGAAACACUAUGGCCAUCUAUACCCUUAGAGCCCGCAAGAGCUCGCCUAUCAGCCAAUGCCUAGAGCAAUUCCACAUCAUAUCUAAGAAGAACUUUGAUAUCGAAGGGUUCUGCGAGCUGGUUGCGCUUCUGCCUAGAAUCGCCAGGAUCAAGAUCAAUUUCUACCAUGUCCAGGAUGUCCAGGCCAUGCUGCCUCACUAUGUCAAGGCGGCCCGCAGCAUCGAUAUUUCUGCCUACCCUUACGCGUUCUGAUGUUUUUAUAGCUCAUUAGCAUAUAGCUUUAACCCUGAGAGGUCUGUUGCUCUCCGGUAACGCACCUCAGCGUCCUGAGAGCACAUGUUUGCUGAAAUCAGUGCCUUUUCGAUUUUUGCGGCUGAAUUAUCGUCCAAUAUUGUGCAACCUCGCUGUUUGUUGAGACGGUCCGAUGGGACCUAGGUGGAAACCGGUUAUCAUUUAUCAAAACAUUACUGAUGUUUUGUCUUCAAAAAAAGUAACAAUGUGGGCCAGCUGAUAGUUGUUCCAAGUCAAUAGCGUCAAUAACUUUCGUAUUGAUAGCUACUGAUAGCCUAACAUAAUUUUCUGCCACUUACUGUAGGCGCCUAAGCCAGUAGACAGCAAUAGCCGU